AUGAGAACCAACAAUUCACAUCCGCUUGCCGCCAAUAUUAGUGGAUACGAUGAUGAGAACGGAGGUAACGUCACAUAUGUGGCAGCGGGUACAGCUCCUGUGUCUUCUACGUCAGACGAUCUUCCACCAUCAUCCGCUCAAGAGCUGUACAGUCAAAAAGGUACAAUACCUAUCUUGCUUACAGAUGGCAAAGUGGUGGAAACUCAGGAGAUGGCACAAAAGGACAAAAUGAGCUUUGUUUGA